CCGCAGAAGCAAACCAAGGAAACGAUCCAAGAUGCGUCGCGAGGGGCGGCAGCGAGGGUGGGUGCGCGUGUACGACCGCGAGCUGGUCGACCCGGAUUGCAAGCGCCGCGCCGCGCACGUCGUGGACGUCGACGGGCAGGCCCCGGUGGUGGCCAACGGCGGCUACGUCAGGGCGUCGCGGAGGCCGACCAACCACUCCAAGCCCGGCGGCCGCCGCGCCCUCGAGGCGCUCUGCAGGAAGGCCCUCGAGCAGGAGGAGGAGGAGGACGAGGCGCCUCCGCCGCAGCCGGCCGGGCGGUACGGGUACUCGCCGGGCUGGUGGCCCUCGUCGCCGCCCUUCGGCCACGGCGCCGUCGCGCAGAGGCAGGCGCGGGCUCAGCCGGCGCCGGUGCGUUCGGAGGCCGGGAAGGCGUCGUCCAAGGCGGGCCCGGGCCGCAAGUUCAAGCACGGCAAGAUCAGCAAGACGUAUUACCUUGACGAGGACGAGAUCGAUUACCUCUACAACUACGAUCCAUGAGCGGACCGGUCUUGUUUUCCUUUUCGUGUGGAACUCGGCAUGAGGAGCUGUAUAUGCUGGAUCGAAUUGAUGUGUGUCUUUUCCCGUAUAUGCUUUUCUAAUUCUAAUCAAGAUUAAACUUGAUUUUCCGGCUCUUCAACUUUCUUUUUGAGCAAAUCAGACUGUUCAACUGUGUUCCAUAAAAAAGAAAACAGUGUUUGUUGGUCCCGAACUAA